CUGGACGCGAGUUCCUGACGCAGCGUCCCGGAGCUCUGAGGGGGUCUGCCUGUGUUUUUCUAUAGUAGAGCUCCCCCUUACCCCGCGUUCCCACUACCAUAGGCUGCCGGGAGAAUGGUGGCCCGCCUGCUGAUACGUGCCUGGCCUCGGGCUCCUGCUGUUGGCCCUGGAGUCCUUUGUCGAUCCCUCAGCGCAGACUCCGGGCCCGGUCAGUACCUGCAUCGCAGCAUCGUGCCCACGAUGCACUUCCAAGACAGCCUGCCCAGGCUGCCUAUCCCUAAACUUGAAGACACCAUUAGGAGAUAUCUCAGUGCACAGAAGCCUCUCUUGGAUGACAGUCAGUUCAGGAAGACAGAACAAUUUUGCAAGAGUUUUGAAAAUGGAAUUGGAAAAGAAUUACAUGAACAGCUGGUUGCUCAGGACAAGCAGAAUAAACAGACAAGCUACAUUUCAGGCCCCUGGUUUGAUAUGUACUUAACUGCUCGAGAGUCCAUUGUGCUGAACUUUAAUCCAUUUAUGGCAUUCAACCCUGACCCAAAGUCUGGGUAUAACGAUCAGCUUAUCCGGGCAACCAACAUGACUGUUUCUGCUGUUCGGUUUCUGAAGACACUUCGGGCUGGCCUUUUGGAGCCAGAAGUGUUCCACUUGAACCCUGCCAAGAGUGACACUGAGACCUUCAAGAGACUCAUACGCUUUGUGCCUUCCUCCCUGUCCUGGUAUGGUGCCUACUUAGUCAAUGCCUAUCCCCUGGAUAUGUCUCAGUAUUUUCGACUUUUUAAUUCAACUCGUUUACCUAAACCUGUUCGUGAUGAACUCUUAACUGAUGACAAGGCUAGACAUCUCAUGGUCCUAAGAAAAGGAAAUUUCUAUGUCUUUGAUGUUCUGGAUAGAGAUGGGAACAUUGUGAGUGCCUCUGAAAUCCAGGCUCAUCUGAAGUACAUUCUCUCAGAUAACAGUCCUGCCCCUGAGUUUCCACUGACAUAUCUAACCAGUGAGAACCGGGAUGUCUGGGCAGACCUCCGGCAGAAGCUGCUGAGUAGUGGCAAUGAGGAAACUCUGAGGAAAGUAGACACUGCUGCGUUCUGUCUCUGCCUGGAUGACUUCCCCAUUAAGGACCUUGUCCACUUGUCCCACAACAUGCUGCAUGGUGAUGGCACAAACCGUUGGUAUGAUAAGUCCUUUAACCUCAUUAUAGCCAAGGAUGGCACUUCCGCUGUCCACUUUGAGCAUGCUUGGGGUGAUGGUGUUGCAGUACUCAGGUUUUUUAAUGAAGUGUUUAAAGACAGCGUUCAUACUCCUGCCAUCACUCCACAGAGCCAGCCCGCCAGCACUGACUCUUCUGUUGCUGUGCAGAAACUCAACUUCAAGCUGACUGAUGCCUUAAAAUCUGGCAUCCGUGCUGCUAAGGAAAAGUUUGAUGCCACCAUGAAAACCCUCACCAUUGACUGUAUCCAGUUUCAGAGAGGAGGUAAAGAAUUCUUGAAGAAGCAGAAGCUGAGCCCUGACUCAGUGGCCCAGCUGGCCUUCCAGAUGGCUUUCUUGCGGCAAUAUGGGCAGACAGUGGCCACCUAUGAGUCUUGCAGCACUGCAGCAUUCAAACACGGCCGCACCGAGACCAUCCGCCCAGCCUCCAUCUUCACAAAGAGGUGCUCUGAGGCCUUUGUCAGGACACCCUCCAAGCACAGCGCUGGGGAGCUUCAGCAGCUGAUGGCCGAGUGUUCCAAGUACCACAACACUCUGACCAAAGAAGCAGCAAUGGGCCAGGGCUUUGACCGACACUUGUUUGCUCUUCGGUACUUGGCAGCAGCCAGAGGGACUACCCUGCCCGAGCUGUACCUGGACCCUGCAUACGGGCAGAUAAACCACAAUAUCCUGUCCACAAGCACUCUGAGCAGCCCGGCGGUGAACGUUGGUGGCUUUGCCCCUGUGGUGCCUGAUGGCUUUGGUGUUGGGUAUGCUGUUCAUGACAACUGGAUAGGCUGUAAUGUCUCCUCCUACCCAAGCCGCAAUGCUCGAGAGUUUCUCCAAUGUGUGGAGAAGUCCUUAGAAGACAUAUUUGAUGCCUUAGAAGGCAAAUCCAUCAAAUCUUAGCUUCCAGGUGGGUGAAAACCCUCCAUUACUUUAUCAAUGUGGAAGUGCACUAUUUUAGCCAGUAGGUGCUAGUCUGUGAUUAAUGAACUAAAGAAAGAGGGGCCUGAGCAGCCAGUGCUGUAAGGUUUGAAAUCAUGUCUUUAAAGCUAAAUAUCUGAUUUUCUCAUGAGUAUAGAUCACAAUUAAAGAUUAUGUGACUUCAAUUUUAUUUCAAUAGAUGAGGAGGUAGGAUUGGAAAACUCUCGUAUUUAUUUUUAAAGCAGAAAUAAAAUUUGUUUGGAGAUGUUUCCUUAGUUUUUCAAUCUAAAUUCCUAAGUCCCCACAAGGAACGUGCAAUCAGUAAAUUCAUUUAUUCAGGUAAAAGUAAGCUCUCAUUGGCUUCCAUCUCCUCAAGUAAUGGUGAGAAACUUUCAUCCUCCCUGUGUCUCUCUCUUCUGGGACAUCCUCUUUCAAAAUUCUCUUCAUUUUUCUAAGGAAUGAAAUUUCAAUAAUAAUCUAAAUUGUUUGAAAGUGAUCUGUCAGCUAUUCCUAUCCAUCAAUAAUAGCACAAGACUCCAUUUAUUUAACACCUUUCAGUAAAGCAUUACUCUUCUCCAUUAUGCUUAUGAACCUCUUUGAUAUCUUUAAUUUCUAGUUAUUUUUGGAGGUAAGUUUUGUCACCAUUGUAAAUGGUAUCCUUUUCUUUAA